CAGGGCCGGCCGGGCGGGCGGGGCCGCGCCGGCCGCUGCACCUCGUCUUUGGCCCCCUCCUCCGUCGGGCAGGCCCUUCCACCUGGAGCCGCGAAGUGGUUGGCGCCUCUCGGGGCGGCGGGCCUGCCCCUGCUCGGAUCGGGUCCUGGGAAUGUCCUAGCCGCCCGUGGCGAGGAGUCCACUCUCGGGCCGCGAUUCUGAUCCGGGAGCUGGACGCGCACCGCUGGCAGCCUGGCUCGUGCAUCUGCCGCCUCUUGUCACCGCCUCGUCUCCUUCCCCAGGAUCGUCAGCGGCUUCGCCCCGAGGAGCUGCUGACCUCCGGCCCAGCCGAGCCACAAUGUCCCCGGAAUCCAAAAAGCUUUUCAACAUUAUUAUUUUAGGAGUUGCCUUUAUGUUUAUGUUCACCGCCUUUCAAACUUGUGGGAAUGUGGCGCAAACCGUCAUCAGGAGCUUAAAUAGCACAGAUUUUCACGGCAGUGGAUAUACCAGCAUGGCAAUUAUUUAUGGAGUGUUCUCCGCUUCCAAUUUGAUUACACCAUCAGUGGUGGCCAUUGUAGGACCUCAGCUCUCUAUGUUUGCAAGUGGUUUAUUUUACAGCAUGUACAUUGCCGUUUUUAUCCAGCCUCUCCCAUGGUCCUUCUACACAGCUUCUGUUUUCAUUGGAAUUGCAGCUGCCGUGCUUUGGACAGCACAAGGAAAUUGCCUGACAAUAAAUUCAGAUGAGCACACAAUUGGGAGAAACAGUGGAAUUUUCUGGGCACUCUUACAAUCUAGCUUAUUCUUUGGAAAUCUCUACAUAUAUUUUGCUUGGCAAGGAAAAACUCAAAUAUCAGAGAGUGAUCGAAGAACAGUGUUUAUUGCCCUGACAGUGAUUAGCCUUGUGGGGACAGUUCUUUUCUUUCUCAUUCGACAGCCAGAUUCUGAAAAUGUCUUGGGAGAAGAUGAGUCUUCUGAUGACCAGGACCUGGAAGUCAAUGAGUCUGCCCAGAGCACUAUGGGAAAAGCAGUAGAUGCCUUUAGAAAAUCUCUUAAGCUGUGUGUCACCAAGGAGAUGCUCCUCCUUAGCAUUACAACUGCUUAUACAGGUCUGGAAUUGACUUUCUUUUCUGGUGUCUACGGAACGUGUAUUGGUGCUGUAAAUAAAUUUGGAACAGAAGAGAAGAGCCUCAUUGGACUUUCUGGCAUUUUCAUUGGCAUUGGAGAAAUCUUAGGUGGAAGCCUCUUUGGCCUGCUGAGCAAGAAUAAUCGUUUUGGUAGAAAUCCAGUUGUGUUGUUGGGCAUCCUGGUGCAUUUUGUAGCUUUUUAUUUGAUAUUUCUCAAUAUGCCUGGGGAUGCCCCUAUUGCUCCUGUUGAAGGAACCGAUAGCAGUGCUUACAUCAAAUCCAGCAAAGAAGUUGCCAUCUUCUGCAGCUUCUUGUUGGGCCUUGGGGACAGCUGCUUCAAUACCCAGCUGCUUAGUAUCUUAGGGUUUCUCUACUCUGAAGACAGUGCGCCAGCCUUUGCAGUCUUCAAAUUUGUGCAGUCCAUCUGUGCGGCCGUGGCAUUCUUCUACAGUAACUACCUUCUCCUUCACUGGCAACUCCUGGUCAUGGUGAUAUUUGGGUUCUUUGGGACCAUUUCGUUUUUCUCCGUGGAGUGGGCCGCCGCUGCCAUCGUAGCCCGGGGCUCUGACUACCGAAGCAUUUGACCCUGGGGCGCCCAAGAGGUGGGGCGCAGCUUCUGGUGGCGUGGCGGAGCGAAAACUCGGCUGAAGAAGCCACCUUUCCUUUCCGCGGAGUGCUGGAUGUUGUUCAGGAAGGAAGAUCAGAGAAUUAAGACUGCUCAAUCUGCCAGGGUUGGUGUUCAAGUUUACAGAUAUUAUCUAUUUAAAACAAGCAGAAUAAGGGAAACUUGUUCUGUCAGUUAUAAUCGUUCAGAGAUAAUGUUUUUCAAUUCCUAUGUGUCGAGUUCCUUAUAAUCAUGUUCUAGAGUGUAAAUGUUUUCUUCGCCCUCCUGUUCUCAUUGAAAGAUCCUGCCCUGAUUCAGAACACUAGGCCGUAUGGCAGAUGAAGAUUCUUGCUGGGCAUGGGUGUGUGCUACCAUGUAGUAAUAGGGAGCAUAUGCCCACCCCACGUAUGUGUCUGUGAACGACAUUUCAAUAAAUUGUGAGAUGCCUUAGUGGAAUAUUUGAAAAGGUUUGCACUUUCUUCCUUCUUUAACAUUUUGGUUUGAUGAGUUUUCCUACCUUGUCAUUUGUAGCAAGGAGUAGCUAAUUAUAAAAUGAGGUAAAAAUUGUCUAAAGUUUUAAAAAUGAAUCUAACAUGUAAACGAACAAAAACUCUUUUAAAACAACAACAACACAUAUUUACCAGAGAGGAUUUUUGCUAGUAUUUUCCUAGAAGAUGCAAUGCAAAAAAAGGGGAAAGGAGGUACAUGUAAGCUGUUGCAUGGUUGCAGGUUGCUCUCUGUCACAGAGCAGACACCAUUCCUCAUGUGUGUCUGGGGAUGCAGCAUAACUGUCUGGAGGGAUGUUUAAAUGGACAUGUUCACUUUCCUCUGUAGGAGCUUGCUUUACAAAUUCUUUCUAAUCGACAUAUAAUUCAGAAACCAUGAAAUUCACCAUUUUGAAGUGUACAAUUUAAUGUUUCUUCUUAAGUAUAUUCACAGGGUUGUACUGCCAUCACCAUGAUCUAAUUCUAGAACAUUUUCAUCACCCCAGAAAGAAACCCCUGCCUUUUAGCAGUCAUCCCCCAUUGUCUGGCCUGGCACUAGCAAACACUACCCUGCUGUCUCUGGAUUUGCCUAUUUGGACAUUUCUUAUGAAUGGGAGAGCUCACUUUUACCUAAGAUAUUUACCUGUACAAAUGAUGAGUUUUAGAGCAAGGUAAAUUCAGCCAGGAGGACAGCUAAUACCUUGUUUUCUAUUUUUUUUUUUAAACCUAAUAGAAAUUUGGAGAUUUUUAUAGUUGGCCUACAAAUCUGAAGAAAUUCAGUAGCAUGUGAUUUUCAGACUUGAUGGCAUGUAUACUGCAGGGAGUCAGGAAACUGUAGUUACCUAGACUCCUUAGAGAAAUUUAGUUUGUGUGGAGCACCAAACUCUUGUUCCAGGUUGUAUAAAGUUUUGGUUUUCUUUUUCAAAGUUGAGAUAGAUAAACUCAGUUGUUUGUUGAUCCUGUAUAAAUAAUUUGUAAAUGCUAUUGCAGAAUUAAUACAAAUGGUUUUAUUGUCUCUGUAAGCACGUGACUGCUUACCCAGGUGUAUUUUCUAUCAUGGUAUAACAGAUGACCCCAAAACUUAGCUACUUAAAAUGACAAACACUCACAGUUCCAUGAGUCAGGAAUCAGUGUCACUAGGCUAGAUCCUCGGGUCAGGAUCUCUCCCAAAGCUGGGCUGGGCUCAACUGGGAAAGGACCCACUUCUCAGCUCACUCUUGCAGUUGUUGGCAGGAGUCAGCUCCUUGCAGGCUGCUGGUUAAGGAUCUCUGUUUCUCGUGGCUGUUGGCCAAAGGCCACCCUCUGUUCCUUGUUACAGGGCAGCUUACAACAUAGAAGCUGUCUUCAUCAAAGAAAGCAAGCAAGAAAAGCCAGAGAAUGCUAGCAAGACAGAAGUCACAGUCUUUUGUAACUUAAUCUCAAAAGUGACAUCCCAUCACUUUUGCUAUAUUCUCUUUGUUAGAUGCAAGUCACUAGUUCUGGAUGGGAUUACACAAGGGGUUAGCACCAGGAGUCAAGGAUUCUCUCUGGACCAUCUUACGAGGCUGCUUAUCAUACCAGGCUUAAACUCUCUUAUAUUUAAGCUCACAGUGGGCCCCGCAUUCCCACAUCACUCCUCCUCCUGGGCUCUUGCUCCAUUUGCUCAUAAUGGAUCUGCAAAACGAGGCUGGCAAGAGGUUAAGUAGCUUCUGUUAAUGACACAGCAUACUUUCCUCCAAGAAAGCUGUAGCAUAUUGUCUCCACUAGGAGGAUUCCUGGUAACUCUGUCAAGAAGGAAAUGAAAUAGGAUGAGAUUCAUAGUCAAAAACAUGACUGCAUCCCACAGAUACGUACAAUCAUACUCAAAGUUCUGUACUCACAUUGUGUUUCCUGGAAUUUUGGUUUUACUCAGUUUUUUUUUUUUAUUUUUAAUGUCUAUAAAUAGUGUCGAUCUUGGCGGGAUCUUUAGAUGAUGGGUAACAAUAAGCUCAUCUUUUAAGUUUUUUUCAUAUUUGAGUUAAAAUGUGACAAUGAAAUAAAGAGUUUAAUUUUUAUACUUGUA